AUGGCGACAAAACAACCGUAUGAGUUCCCGACCCUUACGGAGAUCAAGCGAUCAUUACCCAGUGACUGCUUUGAAGCCUCCGUGUCUCUCUCGCUUUACUACACUGUGCGUAGUCUCGUAAUCGCCGUGUCUUUGGCUUUUGGCCUUCAUUACGUCCGAGCUCUUCCUCUCGUUGAAAGCUUUUGGAUUCUAGACACCACCCUCUGCAUGGCUUAUAUCCUCCUACAAGGCAUUGUUUUCUGGGGCUUCUUCACUGUAGGCCACGAUGCUGGUCAUGGUGCUUUCUCCCGUUACCAUUUGCUGAACUUUGUGGUCGGGACUUUUAUCCACUCCCUCAUCCUCACACCUUUUGAAUCGUGGAAACUUUCACACCGUCACCACCACAAGAAUACUGGAAAUAUUGACCGUGAUGAAAUUUUCUACCCACAACGUAAAGCUGAUGACCACCCCAUGUCACGCAAUCUGAUCCUAAUGCUCGGUGCUGCAUGGUUUGCAUACUUGGUGGAAGGUUUUCCACCUCGUAAGAUCAAUCAUUUCAAUCCAUUUGAACCUCUAUAUGUACGUCAGGUGUCGGCUGUGAUCAUUUCAAUCGGUACACAAUUAGCCGUAGCAGUAUUUUCCAUCUAUUUAAGCUUUCAAUUGGGCUUCAAGACGAUGGCACUUUAUUACUACGCGCCAAUCUUUGUGUUUAGCACUAUGCUUGUGAUUACCACCUUCCUGCACCACAAUGAUGAAGAAACUCCAUGGUACGGAGACUCGGACUGGACCUAUGUCAAGGGUAAUUUAUCGUCUGUCGAUCGUUCCUAUGGCACUCUCAUCGACAAUCUGAGCCAUAACAUUGGCACACACCAGAUCCACCACCUUUUCCCUAUCAUCCCGCACUACAAGCUCAACCGUGCUACCAAAGCCUUCCAGCAGGCUUUCCCCGAGCUCGUGCGUAAGAGUGACGAGCCAAUCCUCAAGGCGUUCUACCGAGUUGGUCGACUCUACGCUACCUUUGGCGUUGUCGAGCCCGAAGCCAAACUGUUCACUUUAAAGGAAGCCAAGGCAGCGUCACAAGCAGAAACCAAGGCGAAGGCGGCGUAA